GGCACCCGUCCCCACUUCCAAGCUUGUCAGGCCCAGGUCAGGCCCAGGCCAGGCCCAGAGCUUGACCACGCACACACCCUGGUAAAUUACUUGCAGAGGUCCCGUUGUCGAGGUGCAGCUGCGUCCCGUUGCGACGCCGUCACCCCGAGAGCUAAGCCCUGGUCGAACCUCACUUUUCACCAGCCUCUCACCUUAGCAGACCGAGACGCCGUGUGACAACCUCCCCCUCCUCUUCCACGGGCGACAUGGCCACCAUCCCAAAUCUCUAGCCAGCAGCCCUUGCAGACAAGGGGGUGUGGAUCAACCUCUGCACAAAGGAACAGCUGUGUUGGUGCUGGGUGACUCCCGCUGCCAAUCUUAAGGACGCUGGGGUGCACACACAAUUGUCGUGUCACAAUGGACCUCGACGAUACCGCACGACUCUUCGCAGAGGCCCAGGCCAAGCUGGCCGAGCUGGACAAUCGGGUCGCCGUAUAUCGCCACCAGAUGGCAGCCGAGUUCAAUCGCUUCUCGGGCGAGCAGCUCCAGAAUGUGCCCCCAGACCUUGCCUACCAGGUCUCGCAGGCUGUGGCCGAGUCUCUGGUCAACUACCCGCACCUGUUCCCUCCUGGAAGCCAUCGAGGCCAGACAUCACCUCUGGAAUCCCCGACAGAGCCCAACGACUCCCCGUGGCGCAACAAGGGCUCCCCACCGCCAAUUCUCCUUCACACCUCAGGGACACCAAAGGAACCUCAUCGAAGCACUCACGAGCGCGAAUUGGAAUUCCAGGGCCUCUUCACCCCCACCUACCUCCCACUUCUUGACAGCGCUGAUCGCCCCAUCCACUCACCACCCACCUCACCUGGUGCCGAGCCAACACCCAACCUCGUCGAAAAGCUAGCAACCAGAAACCCCCAGACCUCAGAAGGCACCCAGACAUCUGAGGCUCCUCAGACCCCGGAUCAGACCCCCAUCACAGAACCCACACCAACCUCAGAAGGCACCCAAACCUCAGGGAGCCCUCAGGCCCGGCCCAGGCCAAGUCCCCUGCGUCGUGCCACUGACGCAUCCAUUGACUCCACAGCAAGCGACUCCAGUAGUGUCAAGGUCAGAAAAAGUGCCCUGCGACGCUCUUCUGCAGCCUCCUCACGGGCACCAGACAGCCCGCGGGACACCCGUCGAGUGCGGUUUGAGGUCCAAGGUCAGGAGGUCUUACCAUCCUCCUCACCUCAGGCAUCCACCACAGCCCUUGCAGAGGUGGUCAGUGCUAGCCCAGAAAACUCAGCAGCCCUCGCCGAUACCGCACUCCCCGUAACCUCGUUGGGCGACGUUGACGGCGAGGACGAUCCACCACCAAGGAAGGUCUCUUCAUCCCAGGCUCUCCGUGCACUCUCGAAAGAGCCGUUGGACCCAGCAACCUGGACUGUCGUGAAUCCUGGAUCUGAGGAUUCGUCUUCUGAUGCCGAUAGAGCGAGCGAAAAUCUUUCCAGAACUGCGUCGAUGAGCGCAGAAAACCGAGACGAGAUGCCCCCCAAGAACAUUCCCAUCCACGUCAAGCCCGCGGCCAGUGGACGACAUGGCGAGAGUCACGCGGAGGAGAGUGACGGCCUGGCGGAGGCGGAGGAUGAGGCCACGGUCGAGAUGGUCGAGCGUGUGCAGGUGGAGGAGGAGUCUUCAGAGGAUGAGGAUCCUCUAAUGAUAAUGUCCAAGAAGGAUUUUAAGAAAAAACUGAAGGCGAACGACUCCCAGACCACCACGACUACCGAUCCUGUUGAGACUGUUGGCUCUGGACGCAAGCUCAACCCGGCCGCCAAGCCCGAGCCCGUGGCCACCAAGCGCAAGCCUGCCAGUGUCCCCCCUACCAAGCGAGCUGAGCCCGCUGAGGGCGACGCUGAGGACGACGAGGACGACAUGUUCAACUUGGAGGCCGAUGACGGUGACGAGACCCUAAAGAAGGCGAUCUCCGCCCGUGGCUCUCCCUCGAAGCACUUACCAGAGCCAACCGACGAGGAGCCCGAGGACAGCACCAAGUCGGACGAGCAGUCCGAAGGCGAGUUGGACGAGCGCGAGGCCCAGUUCAAGCCCAAUGCCCCCAUACAGUCCUCUCCUCCUAUCGGCGUGCCCAUCAACAAGACCACGGAUAUCCCUCCCAAGGUGCCGCUCAUGCCUCAGGGCAGCGUCCCCAAGAUGUCCGUCGGCUCGUACGGAGGAAAGCCCAUCAGCAUGGCGCCGGUCAAGAACCCUGAGCUGCUGGAGAAGAUUGCCCAGUCCGAGGAUGCGCGCCCCUUCUUCGUCGGUAGUGUCAACGGACGAAGCGGACCCGACCCCUCCAACGCUAAGAGCUACAGAGAAAGUCUGCCUAGUUCCGCUAGAGGCGGCUACACUUUCAUGGAGCGCUGGAUGCGUGAGAAGGAGGAGGGCGUCAAGUACGCCGGCGACAAGGAGGACGACGAGAAGGAGAACGAGAAGAAGGAGUGAGCUCCUUCCCUUGCUUUGAGUGCGGCCUUGUGGGGAUCAGCACCGGGUUGGAGUUUGGACACUGAGGCAUCCCCUGGAAUUCGGCCACAUUUGGGAAACGGGAAAUCGGUGUUUGGGUCUCAUAAGGAGAAUAAGGAGAAAGGGCAGUUCGGCAUCCUCACAUGCGAUACCCAGAAUCGACUUGCAUCAAGUCCAACAUCCAAAUAAAACUUGUUUGGCACCCUCACCCUCUGCUGAAAUGCUUUGUGUUGUAAUUUCCCCGCCGUCAAAUGUCGGGCACCGACGGGCUGACAAGGCUCCUUGCGGUGCACCUCAUAUUGGGGCCGCCUGUUGGCCGGUACUGCUUCCUUUUGCGGGCACAGGUAUUUGACAUGUGAGAGAAGAGCGUGCGCGAGCAAUGCAUUUUGGGGGGGCCGUCCAGCGUUUAAUGUUGUCAUUUAAAGAGACUGGUCGAAAUGCGUGUCGCACGAAAUGUGCUCAACGAGAAACGGCAAGACAAAC